UAUGGAUGAGCGUGUAGGAUUUAACCUCGAUUUCGUACAAACUCAACUGCAAGUGGAUUAAUGCAUAUACAAAAAAAAACGAUGUAUAUGCUGCUAAUAUCAUUUGUUCUUCAAUUGAUUUACAAGAAUUGUUACGCACAAAUCCUUAAGUAUAACCAGGGUAACAUUGCAAGUACCCCAGCGCAAUAUCAAUUACCCGCUGCAAAAUUCAACUCUGCCGAUGAUUCUUUUUAUGGAAACUUGGGUCGCUAUAAACAUACGGAUAAAUUUGGAUUUGUACAAGAAGACAACUAUUGCCCCGAGCAUUGGUUUGCUUACAGAAGUGCCUGCAUUCGCAUACACAAAUCUCCGCGUAAAGAUUUUCUCAAUGCACAAAAGAUAUGCCAAGCAUAUCAAGGUGAUUUGCUUAGCGUUGACAAUAUCGAAAAGCAUACAUUUAUUUUAAAGUUGCUUGAUAAUGAGAACAAUAAAUAUAAUCGUUAUUAUUUAUCCACCCGACAAGCAUCGCCUGGAAAUUGGCUUAAUUCUGAUAAAACUCAGUUAGUAGCUAUAGAAGAUUCAUUUAACUAUCGCGACGAAGAUCUAAGCAGCUAUCAAGCGAUUUUUAAAGCAAACAAAGAUGCUCUAACGAAACCAAAUUUUCGUGGAAACUACGGUUAUGAUGGUCGAAAUAAUUUAGUUUAUGCGUUUAAUUUUGUCAGUGAAAAAUGGCAGUUUGUACCUGUGGAACCAUAUGAUUCAAAUUUAUUUAUAUGCGAGUCCCAAAAAAUAUACAGCAUAGACAAUUUAAACUCAUUAGAAGAUGAUCGACGGAGUUAUGAUUAUGGUGUUGAUGUAAUAGACGUAAACAAAGUACCAAAAGGUCCCUAUUUCAUAAAACAACCUCGUGAAACCACAUAUGAUACUGGCAAGAUGAAGAUCACUAAAGACGUCACGUUGAAUUGUUUCGCUGGAGGAUACCCUACACCAACAUAUUCGUGGUACAAAGAACUUUAUUUGAAUGACAAUGUUACCGUUACGAAACUCGACCCUCUCAAAAACUCUCGAUAUACAACAAGUGGCGGAAAUCUGAUUAUUCACGAUCCACAGCAGAUACAAGAUCAAGGAACUUACCAUUGUGUCGCCGAAAAUAAAUUUGGGCGGAUACUCUCCGAAAGCAUUGAAUUAAACUUUGGAUAUAUACUAGAGUUCAAUUUGCAACGAUCUUCAGAAACGGGUGAAAUGAACUGGGGUAAAUCGUUAUAUUGUGAUCCACCACAACACUAUCCUGAUGUUCGAUAUUACUGGUCUCGGGAUUUCUUUCCUAAUUUCGUCGAAGAAGAUCAGCGUGUUUUCGUCAGUUAUGACGGGUCGCUAUAUUUUUCCUCUCUGGAAAUCAAAGAUCGAGCAAAUUACUCUUGUAAUGUGCAAAGCACCGUCAGUGAUACAGGCAGAAAUGGACCAUUUUUUAAUUUACAAGUUGUUUCUCAUCCACACUAUCAGGAUUUAAUUUUUGCCAAUAAUUUUCCGAAAAUUUUUCCAGAAGCGCCUAUUACCGGAAAAGAUAUACGAGUGGAGUGUAUGGCAUUUGGUUACCCCGUACCUGUCUACAACUGGACAAGAAAAAAUGGCAAUCUUCCGCGUUAUUCACAUUUGGAAAAUUUUAAUAGAGUACUUGUCAUAAAUAAUGCUACUGUGAGCGAUAAUGGCGAAUAUGUAUGCACCAUUAACAAUAAUAGAAAAUCCAUAUCGAAAAGUGUGUUUAUAAACGUUCAAAUGGAACCGAAUUUCACAAUUCCAUUGAAAGACAAAAUUAAAGAUUAUCUAAGCUCAGUAACGUUUUUAUGCGAGGUAUCCGCUAUCCCAGAUGUUAACUAUACAUGGUACAAAAAUGCAGAAAUAAUGGAUCUUGAAAACCUCAAGUUCAAUAAAGAUAAAUAUGUAAUACAAGACAAUGUUCUUAAAAUCAACUUUCUGGAUCCAGAAGAAGAUAAUGGAAUGUACCAAUGCAAAGCUGUGAACCAGCUGAAAGGUGUGUACUCAUCUGCACAACUACGUGUGUUAUCUAUGAAACCAUCGUUCAAAAAGAGACCGUUGGAAUCAGAAAUAUAUUCUAUAUAUAACGGUAAUACAAGUAUUGAGUGCAAACCGGAAGCAGCACCAAGACCGAAGAUAGCGUGGAAAAAGAAUGGUAACGUGAUUGGUAGCGGAGGCCACCGUAAAAUAUUGCCCAGUGGAACUUUAUACAUUUCCCCAACAUCCCGAGACGACGAGGGUUUGUAUACCUGCGUCGCAAGUAACUCGCAAGGUGUCGCAGAUUCUAAAGCCCGCCUGAUUGUGCUACAGGAGCUUCGAUUUAUUGAGCAAUUACCACCAAAACUGAUCAAGCAGACUGGCGAAAUGUUAUAUUUAAGAUGUGAUGCCAGCUACGAUGAAGUUCUUGAUGUCGCAUUUCUUUGGACGCACAAUGGCCGCAUUAUCAAUAUUUUAGACAACGCUUUUUUUAAUUUCAAAUAUAUUAUAAAUUACAACAGUCUGGAGGUGCAUAAUUUAACUCAACUUGAUGGUGGAGAAUAUGAAUGUGUCGCAAAGUCAGCAGUUAACAAAAUAGUAUCAAAAACUAUUGUUGUCAUUCAAGGUCCACCUGGAGCGCCCGGAGCAAUCAAGGUUAUUGACAUUAAGAAAACCGACGCAGUGUUGGAAUGGAUAGAUGGCACAGAUAAUGGAAGGCAUAUACUGUUCUACAAUAUUCUGGGUAGAACUAACUGGAAUAAAACAUGGGUAAACAUUUCAGAAAACGUUGUCGCACAAGAAGUGGAUCGUUAUAACGGUAGACGACGUGCUUCAGUGAAUUAUCUUAUGCCAGGAUGUGGUUAUGAGUUUAGUGUGAUCGCAGUUAAUGAUCUAGGUGCUAGUAUCCCAAGUCUACCAUCUCCUGUAUAUAACACACAGAAAGAUAAGCCAUAUAUUGCUCCAAGAAAUGUUGGUGGUGGCGGUGGAAAAAUUGGGGAUCUUACAAUUACUUGGAAUCCUCUGCGUCCAGAAGAACAGAACAGCAUUGAUAUUCACUACAAAGUUUAUUAUCGUUUGUUAGGUCAACGUGAAUGGGCUUCGAAAGUAUUGAAAGAACAAGGAAAUGCAGGAAAAGCGGUUGUCCACAUUCCAUUUGAUAGAUACUUUACGCAGUAUGAAGUGAAAAUUCAGGCCAUUAAUGAUCUCGGCGAGGGUCCUAUAAGCAAAAUUGCAGUUAUAUACUCAGCUGAAGACAUGCCACAAGUAGCGCCACAGCAAACAAUUGCAAAAAGUUAUAAUUCGACAGCUCUUAACGUCAGUUGGGUUCCUGUAUUGCAUACCAGGGAAUACAUUAGAGGAAAACUUAUUGGACAUAGGGUAAGUUAGCACAUGUAUAAAAUGCUUCUUUACAAAAUCUCCAAUUGCCAAAAAUUAGCGGAAAAUUCCGGAUACUAAAUGCACAAUAUUAUAGGGGAAUGUGUUCGG